GAAAGACAGAAGAAGAUUCAGCCCUUAGACGCCAGCCAUGCAGCUUUAUGGUGUGAAGCUGGGUCUGCUUCUGUUUUUCAUUGGCAGCUUGGGAUCCGGGUGGGCCAUUCCGUUAGAAGGUCUUGAGAAAACCACCCUGGAUUUCUUCCGUAGCAACAGCAUGCUUCUGACCACCUUCAUGGGCACUAAUUUUAUUGUUAAUAUUCCAAAGUGUGUCUCUUCUUCCAAGUUUUCUCCAGCCACAGUCAGAAUAGCAGUGGCUCAACUUCCAGAUGCCUUCAGUUUACCAGGUGUAACAGAUACUGAACAGAUCGAAAAUCUCCGCAGGACCCCUCAGGCCCUGGUGUAUUUUGCAGACGAAUUCAAGAGCGUCUCCUGCAGAGAGGCCAGAGAACUUCUGGUCCUUGACAUGGAUGACAGCCAAUAUGAGCUGAUCACUGUGAUAGGCUACCAGGUGGGAGCAGAAUUUUGCCGUCAAACCAAAGGUCCCUUCUGCAACCAACCUCUGAAGCCAUCUACUUUUUAUAGGGUGAACUUCUUUUUUCUGGAUGACAAGUCUGUAAUAAGAGCGCAUACGGAUUGGUCAACAGCCAUACAGACCAGGAAUGUGACCAACUAUGAAUCAGCCGAUGUGAUGUUUGAAGGGCGGGCAGGAGGAAUGAUAGUAAUUACUAUUCUGGUCUCCGUUGGUGGGGCUGUUCUCGUUGUCGCAUUAAUUGUGGCAGCAGCAUAUUCCAGUAAGAAAUAGGAAAUCUGCCCCUUCCUUUCUUCUGGAUUAAAAACGAUUCCCGAUAUGGAUGAAAAGCAGAAUUUGCUUGGGGAGUCAAAGGGUUCUACAGGAGCAAGCCCUCAAGUCAAGGAACAAACUGGUGAAGAAUGAAAGCAGCCUCAAAUAAAACAAAACAUCUACAAUUUCACCCGUACGAUUCUUCGGAUUCUAUGCACAUUACUUCAGACACAUCAUAUUUUGGAUGCAUUUUGAAUCACUUCUCUGCAAAGAUAACCCUGGAUUCAGCUAAUUAUUUUUAA